AAAAUAAUAAUGUGGAUGUGGAUUGUUAAGAGGCACUUGACUUGUGCCACUCUUAAGAACACGUUAUUAAUUAAUUUGCUUAUCGAACAUUGCCGGAAGUCUUUGUAAAAAACUACAACAAGAUCGCAAGUUUAUCAAAAGAAUAAUGAAACUGAAGGAGUUACUGAACCAGGUGAAAUGACAUCAGUACCUUACGAAGCAUCGGUCCAAUUUAACAAGACAGAUUAUUUAAAGUCAUCUGAGCUUAAUCCAGGCGAGAGUAUUCAAAUUAAAACAUUUACAAGUAUUCAGGGUGAACCAGGAAGAUCGGGAGAUGAUGGUACACCUGGUUAUCCAGGGAUACCUGGGAAUGAUGGAUCAUCUGGUCUACCUGGACCACCUUCUGACAUGUCAUUGUACUAUCGACAAUUAGCAAUGUCCCAAGUGAACAAUGACAAAGGACCAACUGAUGCUGCUUCACCACUUUAUAAUCCAUUGGGAUAUCUUCAAGCAGCAGUGGGUCCACCUGGACCCAGAGGACUUCAAGGAAAUCCUGGGCUUACUGGACCACCAGGACCAAUGGGUCUUCGUGGUGAUCCAGGAGAUGCUGGUCCACCUGGUUCCCCUGGUACACCAGGACCAAGAGGAUUACCAGGUUUUCCAGGAAAAGAUGGUGAAGAGGGAGAAGAUGGAGAAGCUGGUAGACCAGGAAGUCCAGGUGCACGUGGUCCAGUUGGUUUACCAGGAAUGGCUGGAUUACCUGGGCUUAAAGGACAUCCUGGAUUACCUGGUUUGGAUGGUGCCAAAGGUGAUCAAGGAUUGCCUGGUGAAAAAGGAAGUUUUGGUGCACCUGGUCUUGCAGGGCCAAUGGGUCCCAUGGGUCCUCAUGGUUCUCGGGGAGAAAAAGGCAGAGAAGGUAAUCAGGGGCCACCUGGUGCUCGAGGUAUCGAUGGCAUGAAUGGAUCUCCAGGUUCACCAGGACCAGCUGGAAGAAUUGGUCUUCCAGGUGUCCCAGGAGUUCCUGGAUUCAAAGGAGAUCAAGGCUUGAUGGGUUUAAAAGGUAACCAGGGUGAUUUUGGUCAAAAAGGUGAAGCUGGACAACCUGGUCAACAUGGAGAAACUGGAGCACCAGGUAUACCAGGAAAAAAUGGAUCUCCUGGUGAAAAAGGAAUUGCAGGAGCUAAAGGAGCCAUUGGUUUGCCUGGAUUUCCAGGCAAUCAAGGUCUCACAGGCACACCUGGAACUACUGGUGCACCUGGACCAAAAGGAAUGAUGGGACAUCCUGGAGAACGAGGUUUAAAAGGAGACAUUGGAAUAAAAGGAGAUGCUGGAAUUCCUGGUUCUAGAGGUCCUCCAGGUGUACCUGGAAAUGAUGGAAGAAAAGGUAAACGUGGAGUGAGAGGCCCAAUUGGAGCGAUUGGCUUACCAGGUCCUCAAGGUGUUGCUGGUGAAAGAGGAAUGAUUGGAAUGCCAGGUCCUAUUGGACCAAUUGGACUACGAGGACUUAAAGGACCACCAGGUGAAAUUGGACCACGUGGAAAAUCAGGCCAAGAUGGAUUACCCGGUUUAAUUGGACACACUGGUCCUCAAGGUUUACCUGGCACUCCCGGUGAAAUUGGACCAGAAGGUGUACCAGGUAAAGCAGGACCACCGGGACUUACUGGAAGAGUUGGUGAUAAAGGACCAACAGGUCUUCCAGGUCCACAAGGACCACCUGGAGGUCCUGGGCCAGUGGGCCCUGUUGGACCAGCUGGACCUAUGGGCUUAACUGGAGAAAAAGGCGUCAAGGGUGAAAUGGGAAUACGCGGAGCUGAUGGCAUUCAAGGCCCAAGAGGAAUAUCUGGUACACCAGGAUUAAAUGGUGCAAAAGGUGAUCGUGGUCUUGAAGGUUUUCCUGGAAUGAAAGGUCAUCGAGGACUAAUGGGUCUUACAGGAAUGACUGGAUCACCUGGUAUUCCCGGAGAAAAAGGAGGAGCUGGUGUACCAGGAAUGAAUGGCAAAGAUGGUUUACCAGGUAUACGUGGACCUCCUGGAAGAGACGGUAAUCCAGGAAGUAUUGGAAUAUCUGGUGAUCGUGGACCACCAGGAAUUCCAGGUGAAAAUGGACGUCAUGGACCUCCAGGUCCACCAGGCUUACCUGGACCUCCCGGUCCACCUGGUGAUCAUGGUUUUCGAUACGAUGCAGCAACUCUUGCUGCUUUAAUGGUUCAAGGACAAACUAAAGGACCACUACCAAAUUCUGAUCAAAUGAUGAAUGAUGAACCUUUGAAAAACUCUAACAAGGAUAUAACUGAUGAAGAAAGAAAUGAAAUAUUUAGUAAAACUUAUGAACGUUUAAAAAAUUCAAUAAAUGACAUUAUGAAACCAGAUGGUCAAAAAUCAUCACCAGUUAAAACUUGUGGACAUUUAUUUAAAAAUUAUCCAGAUAAACAAUCAGGUGAUUAUUGGAUUGAUCCCAAUGAAGGUGAAAUUAAUGAUGCAAUUUUAGUUUAUUGUGAUGCUAAAAAUCAUGCAACAUGUAUUUAUGUACAUCCAUCAAAAACUCAAGAAAUAAAUUACAUUGACAAUAAUCGUAAUGGUGAAAUGUGGCUCAGUGAAAUAUCAAAUAAAGCAAAAAUUAAUUACAAGGCUGAUAAUAAACAAAUUAAUUUUUUACAAUUAUCAUCAAGUUAUGCUGAGCAAAAUUUAACCUAUCAUUGUCGUAAUAGUGUGGCUUAUUUUGAUGAAGAGAGAAAGACUUAUCGACGAGGACUUAAAUUACUAGCAUGGAAUGACAUUGAAUUGUUACCAAGAGGAAAUCAAAGAUUUCGAUAUCAAGUUCAUUUAGACGAGUGCAAGGCACGUAAAGAUGAAUGGAGUAAAAGUAUUUUAACUUAUCAUACUGAUAAACCAACAAGACUUCCAGUUGUGGAUAUUGCACUUCGUGAUAUUGGAAAAUCAGAGCAAAGUUUUUGGAUUGAAAUUUCUCCUGUUUGUUAUCAUUAAAUAUUGUACUUAUUCAACAAAAAAAAUAGCUUUCAUAUCAAUAAAUUAUUAAGUUACAUAUAUCAUUCAGUCAUAUAUAGAAAUUUUUAUUAAAAACUUUGAUUAUUUCUUUAUCGAAAUUGUAAAUAUUUCGAUUCAUGUUGUAGAAAAAAAAAAAACACAUGACUGUAUGAGUACGCCACGCUGUGGUAAGAUCAUCAACUUCAUCUGAUUAUUUUCAUUUAAAUUUCUUUUUUAUCUUCUUAAUUAUUA